AGAAACGUUAAAYAUGAUAGUUCUAGAAUCUUGUUAUCAGCACUAGCCCGCCAUCAUUAAACCGGUCAUCGAGUAACAUAACACGCGUUACCGACGUCUCAAAGCAUGUUGGAAUUCGUGAUGCUAUAGGCGUGAAUCACAGUAUGUCAUAACCAGUUUUAUAGUGGUGAAUGAAGUCCUUCCGCACAACACGAUUUAUUAUUGUUUUAAGUAAAGGCAAGUGACGAAUAAUGCUCGCUGUAGAAUCAGUCGAAAUAACCAAGACAACUUCGACUUCGACACGUCGACGAAGUGCAGACUUAUUGUUAUCUCUGAGUGGUUAUGGCAGUGUCAGAGGUCGACGUCCCUCUAAAGGUACGACGGAACAGGAUGGACAAGAUGAUGACAGUAUUCUCAGAUCACACAGUUUUUCUAGCGUUUCUCUGCURCACAACCGGGUGACGGCAAUCGCCGCAAUUCCUGCAGUACCAGCAAUCUCUGCACUACCUGAAAUCACACAAUUACCCGAGACAUCUGACGUUCAUGCUAUUCCAGAUCUAUCUACAGUGGUUAGCUUACCGUCCCCAAAGACUGGUGAGAAAUGCACAUCCGUUCCUGGUUUGAGAACUUCGAAGUCACAAAAUACCAAAAUCACAGGAAGUARCGGAAGGUCUAUCUUUGAUUAUCCAGAUUCAUACGAUGCUUUAAUAAGUCGGACUUCAUGCAACGAGAUGCCAAAAAAAUCGUCUUCAGGAGACAGGAGAAGCUCYACAAGGCUUUUUAGGUCUGUAUCUGCGUUGAGCUCUCGGAAACACAAGGAAAAUACUGGAAAAGAUGUCCGAGAGAGGACGUCAAGUGGUUUCUCGGACUCUGAUCGUAAUGAUGGUGUACCAGACCGUGCCACAAAUUAUGCAGGAAAGAAUGAGGGUCAACAACGUGUUGARAGUUUUGACUCAGAUCUGAGAGAUAUGAACUCAAAACUCCGUGAAAUGACAGCAAAACUCCAUGAGGCGGAACUAGAAAAUGACAAUUUGAAAUCGUUAAUAGGUGCAAAUUAUAAGGGACCGAUCAAAUCACCGCUAGAAGAAGUUGAGUCCAGUGAAACAGAUGCUCACUCUUCCAGCCUGAAAGGGAUGCCGGCACAACAUCGGACUAUAGUUUAUCCGGUAGAAGAGCAUUCCGCAGAGAACGUAUUCGCAGCGAGUGGUUAUUCCAUUCAUAUGAAUCACUCUUAUCAUUGUAAAGAAUGUGACAAGCUUAAAGAAACAACUAUUAAAGCACUUGUAGAAUCGAGAGCAUUACGAAAACACGUCAAACAACUUUCCGAAGCUCUUUCAGGGGAUGAUCAGGCGAAAAAGAACAUUUUGGAAGUGUUAGAAAAUAAGUUGAUUUCUGCACAAACUGAAAAAGAAAUUGCUCUUGAAGAGCUAGCUCAUGUUAUUGAACAAAGAGAUCAGAUCGUUAAUGAACGAGACAGGGCGUUGGAGGAAUGGGGCAAAGCUGCCACAAAAUGGGAAAGCACCUUAGAUCAAGUGGAUUCGUUAAUGAAAGAGCUCAAUAAGGUCAAAUCAAGCCGAGAGGAUAUGGUGUUCCAAAUAGAGAAGGCUGAGACUCGGAUUAAACAAGAAAUCGAUUCUAGAGAAAAGCUGCUUGAAGACUUUGCUGAACUGAACGAACAACUUAACUCGACAGAACGAGAAAGAAUCGAUUCAAUGUCGGAACAUGARCAUAUUGUGACGUACCGAYUUGAUCGAGAACAAGAGCUUCAGAAAACUAAAACUGAACUUGGAAAAGCACAGCAACGAUGUUUAGAGCUGGAUGCUAAGUUGAGCGCUCUCGGUGAAAAAUCAGAAAGCUGUAAAAAAGAACGAGAUCAUGCUAAAGAGCAAUGGAGACAUUCGGUUAAGGAGAGGAAAAAACUACAUCGUGAGAUGGCCGCCAUAGUACAAGCUAGAGACGAAGCAAUUCAGAAGUGUUUUUCUACAGCUGAAAAGCUCGAUAAAUUGAAAGAAGAUUAUAAUCGUCUUCUCAAUAGACUUGCACGUACUGGACUAGCGUCAAGUGAUACGGCAUCUACUUGUUCGUCAAAAGAUUGUCACUUCUGCUGUAGUCAAGACUCAUCUGGCAGUAUUGAGGACUUCCAUCGACCUGACGGAAAAGAAGUCACGACAAUCUUAGGAAAAGAAGAUCCAUUAGACACCAUUAAGAUUGGGCGUGUCACAAGUCACGCUAGGACGUUUACUAUAAUAAUGGAUAUCGACAAGGCAUUGGGCGCAGCCAAGAAUGUGAGAAAGUACGAUGAAAUCAUCUCAAUCAAUGACAUUCCAGUAACGGAGAAUGACCAGAAUCUUGUAAGGUCGUUACUUGAUGGAGCUACUUCUAGCAUCAAAUUGAUUCUGAGGCGACCAGUAAAUAAUUGUCAGUUCACGCUUGAUGUGGAAAUGAAAAUGCCGAAAAAAUCCAAAGCAGGUUUUGGCUUUGACUGUGGUCUUUAUGUGAAGGGCACAACUCAAGAGCAAAACGCUCUUGAUAUCGGUGAUUAUAUUCACAAGAUAAAUGGAAAGCAUUUAGAUAAGAUCAUCUCGUCCUCGGURGAGAAGGUAAUCAAAAAGUCUACAGAUAAAGUCAAAUUUAACAUCACGAGAACUAUAAAAAGCACUCCUCACGCGAACGAACCUAAGGGACCAGAAAAUGAUAAGGUUGUACUAAGACGUCUUKCUGGCAGCAACCACAAAUCUCCUACCAAUGAUGUCAACCGACUAUCACUGAUAUCCAAUGAUAGCAGCAUAUCAAUGAGGUCACGUGACUCCCGACUUUCAGGGGCGUCUAGCCUGGGUUCAAUGGCGUCAAAUAAUGACUCGUGUUUUGCCGACUCGAGCUCCGACCAUUCCGGUCCGAUACACUCGACCCCUGUUGGUAAAGGUGAGCGGACUCGUAUAGCCACUGCUAUUUACGUACCUUCGGAUGAACAACUCGAUGAACUGCCAUGUUCUACAGAACUACUAACAACGGACGGCAGCGACGAAGUGAAAAGACUUAAAGGUUAUCCUGUCUCACAGAUGGGAAGGAAGUAUAAUAGUACAACAGUUUUGAGGACUGGAGGCUAUGACUCAUCUGGUAGUGAUUAUGGUCUUACCAGGACCCAGUCUACUAUUGCGGCAACUCGGAUUGAUGAGGAAGAUCGAUGGGAUGUAGGACUGGGACGAACAGGAACAGUUGAGAUCUUGGCUCCAACUAGCGACAGAGUACGUGUUAUGCGACUAGAGAAGGAAAUGUUUCAUAGUCUUGGUUUAGAAGUCGAGGGUGGUAACCUGGUUGGAAUUUAUGUCAAAGAAUUAAGCGAUGAUUCUGUUUGUAAGAUCGCUGGGUUGCAAGUUGGUGACAGGUUAAUAAAGUUAAACUGCUAUGACUUCACACGGACGACCCUGGACCAUGCAACACGAAUUGUACAGCUGCUAACCAGCUGCACUUACGUCAGAAUAGAAGCCGAGUCAGGCGAAUUUUACAAAGAUGUUUUAAAACAGACGCCGCAUGACUCGAUUUACGUAAGAACAAUCAAUUCAUACAAAGCGAUGUCUCCUGAUGAACUGAGUUUUACUGUUGGAGAAACGCUGCACGUAAUUAACACACGGGCAAACUAUGAUAGGGCCAAACAGUCUUGGAAAUGGGUUGCCAUGCGAAAAGACGGCAAAAAUAUCGACGAAGGCCUAGUUCCAUGCAUGGGAAGCCUCCCAGAAGAAAUCGAGACGUCAAUCACUGCCUCUCAAGUCAUCACAAAGCUUGACGCUGAAUCUGUUGARGAGUUGGGAAGUGAUGAUGGUGGCACGCCAAUGAAACGAGGAGGCUCGGAAAGAAAAAGCUUCCUACAGAGAUACAGAAAAAUGAGAAAACGUGAUAGUAGAGAACCCUAUGGCUCUGGAAUUGAUGUAAACGGUAAUUCUGGUAAAGUCACCUACUAUGAAAUCUUGAGUAAGCUGAGAUGACAAGUGCGCAUGGUUUUACAGAGUUAAACGUUUACCACAAAUAGUUUAGAAAAAUCAUGACUUGUUUUCUAUCAACAUAUUUCUGUUUUCAUAAUGUAUGCUGAUGUUUGUUUGGAAAUAUUGUCUUUUCAUGUGCAUUUGCAAAAGUGAUGUACUUUAUAAAAUAUUUUAUAAAUAAAUCUAGUUUUGAUGUUUAUA